CGGACAAUCAAUUGCUUAAGACGAGUCGGGCUCGACAUUCCUCAUCCGGAAUUGCAAUUGCAUUGUGCAUUGUGCACAUAUGUACAUUUUAACGGCAGCAGUCUGAAAUAGCAAACAAAGCGCAGCUGUCGUCCAGUCGCUCACCCGCAGAACGGCCCGCGUCCGACACCAUCGGUUCUUACCUGGUUAAACAGGCCUCUGGUGCUGCUGCUAUGCUCAAUCGCUUGAGGAAGCCUCGGCCGCAUUCCACAUCCGAGAAAUCACGCUUUGUCUUUAAAAUUCACCAAGACGAUUCCAUAGCCUUCUUCUGCCCCCAAACAACAAAGGCCGCUUAUCGUUGGACGCAGAUCCGAGAAGAGCCACAAGACCAUCGAUCGAUGACAGUCCACAACGAACGACGCUGACGCCGAUCCACUCACAGUACGCGAGGAGUAUGGGCGGCACCUCCGCGUUACAACAUCAACAAAACGACAGCAAACCUCUACCCUCGCUCCCGGCGUCGCCUUCGGCGGAAACAGCCCCCGGAAACGCCCGGAGAAUGGCCUCCACGAUUCGUUCUGUGCCGAACCACGACAGUAGGCCCUCGUACGACGAAGACGCAGACUCGACAGAGUGGUCCGCCCGGAAUUCCGCGUCAGCCUUUUCCAGCUCGCUCCAGAGCGAAUACAGCACCGUAUCUUCUAGCUCGCCGUAUACGUCACAAACAAACGGUGCGAACGAUUCGCGGCCAAUCCCCAAAACAAAAAAUAGCCAGAACACACCAGCGGCGCACCUGGCGGCGCCAAAUCAGCAUCAAAGGCUCAAACAGUCGUCGAGGACACCAAGCCCGGACAGCAGGGGUAGCAUUGAGGUACCCAGGAGGGAAAGUAGUUUGGGCGUUACAGAUCAGCCAUAUUCACGCCGGAGCCCCGGGAUAAGCACUAGCCCAAGUAACGGCAACGCGUCAAAAAUGGGCCGGCAGGAAUCUUCUGAAGAGGGCCUUGGGUGGGAUUCGACAGUGGGAAAGGCGGCCCUGAGCGGAAAGACCGGUAGAGUCAUCAACAAACUGGUCUCGGAUAAUGAAUCGCUGAAGAGAGACAUACAGAUAGAAAAGCUCAAGGCGGAGGAGUCAAGGCAAGCAGCUCGGUUAUUGGAGGACAAAAUGGAGCGAAUGGCAGCCGAGUACGAAAGCCGCCUGCUAGACGCCAACAUUACCAAGACCCUCCUGACGAAGAAGGAACGCAAGGUGGAGAGCUUGCAAGCAGCCGUAGAGCUUGAGAAGCAGCGGACGGCUGAUGCACGGGACAAGGAACGGACCUGGCGCGAGGAGAUGAACAAGGUGCGCGGCGAUUCAAAGCGGACCGUCGAGGAGGCGACGACGCAUGCUGCGCUGAUGGAGGGCCGGUACAACGCCAUCAGCAGCCACUGGCGCGAUCAAGGGGAAGAGGUCGACAAGGCGCUCUCGCGGGUACGCAAGGAAAUGUCACAACUGCUGAAGGAACGGGCGCUCGACGACGACAAGAUCAACACUCUCCGCGAGCUUUGCGACCAGCAGGACGGCAACAUUAGGGAACUCCGCCGGCAGAACGAGGCCAUCGGGGCAAAGUUUGCCGAAUACAAGGCGACGCAGGAGGAGGCGCUACGGGACAUCAAGACCAAGGCGGCGCAGCGGGAGGAAGAGCAGACGAGGCAGCUCGAGGAGGCCAGAGAUGUGCUGCACAAGCUCAAAUGGGCGCUGCAGGUCAAGGAGAACGUGAAGGGGGCGCAAUGAAUGAACAUCAAAGAUGGCGAAACUAUGAGCCCUUUGGUGGAUCCAAAUCCGACGUAUAUAAGACGCUGCUGCAGGCGAGAACCGUUUUUACGUACGGGCGAGGCAACGCAGCAUAUACAAGAAGCUGACAACGGUGCUUGGCAUACCAUAAAUGUGCAUUUGCCACACCCAUGAUAUCGGGGAAUUCCUUUUCUUUUAUUCCCCCAUGACAAAUUGGCGUUUACUCUCCUUUUUUUCUUUUUCCCUCCUUAUUUCAAGGUACAUAUUUGCAAUUCCCAGAAGACAAGGUGUUUGUUUUAUAGAUCCUUUCGAUUGUGUCCGUCGACGACGACGACCCACCAAACGCGCUCUCUUUUUCUUCUUCUUCCUUGGUCUCCUUUCUUUUUUUUGGUGUAUUAUGAUGGCGUUAUACAUUUUGGUUCAAAUUUG